UUCAAAUCGUGGACUCAUCCAUCACUUCCACUCCCCAUUUCGUAACAUAUUUAUUAUUACAUUUCUAUGUUUUAUAACGUCAUACUUCAUAUAUAAACGGCAAGCGUCACGUUUCGCUGCAUUCAGUUUUAUUGCCUCGUAAAGUUAACAUGUCGGACGAAAUGGAAAACGAAAAUUACAAAAUGAUUUGCAACCUCUCAAACCGAGCCAGAUUCCGUUUUACGUCACCAUACGAAGUUUCCAUGAAGAGACGUUGUUUAAAACGUAGAGGAUUAAGCCCAAAAAUAUUUCCGCGUAAAGUUUUGGUCACAGAAGACAUUGUGACAUCACACCUCAAUCAACUUCAUAUUUCAAACAAUGUUCAUAAUUUUGAAUCGAAACAAACGCUGUCGUUGGAAGAGAUUGAAAGCAGGAUAAUCGACAGUGAUGAUGAGGAGGAUCCCAACAACAAGAUGCACGUUAUACAAAUAUCUAAGGAGUAUCAGGACGAAAUAAAUAAGUUUAAAAAAGAAAUUUGGGGGUUUCAACCAAAAACACCACCAGCCAUGCCAAGAUUAGACCCCAACACAGCCGUUGUUUUAUGGAAACCUCCUCCCAACCUUAUAGUGGAAGCGAUCAAACAAAGAAACAAUGAUGAUAAACCACUGCCCGAUAUUAUACAGGAGUGUCAAUCAAACAUGAACUGUCAAUCAAACAUGACCUGUCAAUCAAACUUUCAUAUUAACUCUGAUAAUAUUUUGAAAUAUUCUUCACAAGAAAAUAAUUUCGCCGACGAAGAAAUGGAGUUAUAACAAUUAUGCGACAAGCCAAUGUUGCCGAAGUAUCGCAAAUGUUAUUUAAAUAUUGUUUGUUUAUUACUUUUGAUAAUGGUUUCUAUGAUGUCACAAUCAACUCUUAUAUUAUAACAAUACCCAUUUGUUCAUGAUGUCAUGACAAACAAAUUUAACGAAAUAUCGAAUAUUUUGUCUAAAAAUGAAUAAGUUUUAUUAUUUAUUUAUAAAAAACUUUUUGCUUUUGUUAAAUGUAAUGCUUCGCACAAAAUUUCGCUUUUUAUAAUUUGUUCGUUUUUCAGCAGAUAUUGUACGCUAAUAGAAAUAGUAUAUAAUAUAAUGGAUCCUGUUGUUAAUAUUGUUUCUAUGGAUUUGGAAAGUUUGAAAGAAACGAAUGUUGAAAGAUAUACCAGGUACAAAACAUUGAUCGGAAAGUUUGUGGAGAAAUUUAAUGAAGAUCCUCAGUUUGUAAGUCGUGCUCCUGGGAGGGUAAACUUGAUAGGGGAACACAUAGAUUAUUGUGGAUAUUCCGUCUUGCCGAUGGCGUUAACACAAGAUCUUAGUCUCGCUGUUCGAACAAACUCAUCGACGGUGCUUCGUGUUUCAAACAUUAACUCUGCGUUCAGUGAUUACAUUGGAGACACGACUACCUUCACCAUCAACAGUGACAAACCAGCGUGGUUCAAUUAUAUAUUGUGUGGUAUUAAGGGAAUCAUAGAAUCAUCUAAUAUUAGCAACCUACCAGGAAUGGACAUAAUGGUUGAUGGUAGCGUCCCCCAAGCCGCUGGUCUCUCCAGUUCAAGUGCUCUCGUGUGCGCUGCCGGGCUUGCAACCGCCCAUGCGUGUAACUGUUCGCUGACACGGUUGGAACUUGCCGACAUUUGCAUGCGAUGCGAGCAUUACAUCGGUACACAAGGUGGCGGUAUGGAUCAAUCCAUCUCGUUCCUCGCUCAACAGGGGAUGGCAAAGUUGAUUUCAUUCAACCCCCUACGAUCGGACAACGUCGUUCUACCCGAUGGUGCCGUGUUUGUCGUCACAAACAGCUGUGUCACAAUGAAGAAAGCCGACACAGCACAUUUUAACACGAGGGUGACAGAAUGCAAAGUGGCCGCACAGAUGUUAGCUUCAUGGAAAUCAUUAGAUCGUAGCCAAGUAAAGACACUCGGCGACGUCCAUGAGAUGUUGGGUGUUGAUCUCGAUAGCAUGGUUAAGAUGGUGGAAGAUCUGAUGCAUGAUCAUCCAUAUAAUGUUGGGGAGGUUGGACAACAACUUGGAAUGUCUGGGGAGGAAGUGAAGGAAAAACUACUGUUUAAAAAUACAAGUCAAGUUGAUUCGUUUAAACUGAAGCAGAGAGCAACGCAUGUGUUCAGUGAAGCACGACGUGUGUUCAAAUUUAAGGAGGUCUGCAGUGAGACUACCAACCCCCUCGUUAAACUAGGGGAGCUGAUGAAUGAAAGCCAUGAUAGUUGUUCACGAUUGUACGAAGCAAGUUGUAAGGAACUGGACCAACUUACUGAGUUGUGCAGAAAGCACGGGGCAUUGGGUUCAAGGUUCACCGGCGCUGGUUGGGGUGGAUGUGCUGUAUCGUUGGUACCCAGUGAUAAACUAAACAGUUUCAUUGGUUCGUUACGAACGAGUUACUAUGCCAACAUGAACGACGACGAGUUUGCGAAGGCUGUGUUCUUUACUGCCCCUGGUGGUGGAGCUGGAGUGUAUGUUAUAUAGGUCUUGCCACACAUCAAGUUCAUCUUUAAUUUCAAGUAUCUAAUAUAUUAUCUCAUCAACAUCAAAAUCAUAUAAAUAUCCAUAAUAGAAACAGUAUUAAAACCUUCCUGUUGUUAUGAGAAAGCAGUUUAUUACAGAUAUUUUAAUUUAUAACUAUAGUAUAUUCUGUGAAUCUAACCUAGUCUGGGCAGUCAGAAUUUAGUGUUACGAAAUAUAUUAGAAUUGAUUCUAUUUAAAAAAAGACUGACGAUGCCAUUUAAGCAAAUUAUCUCUCAUAUUAUAUACAAUCUUUUUGGGCCUAAUUUUUGUCUGUUUUGUAUUUUGUAGCACUUCAUAGUAACCUAUAAAAAAGGAACAACUGUUUUUGAUUCUUUUGUGUUUAAAAUAAUUGUUUUGACUUCUAUGGUUUAAAACUGUUAAUUGUAUUCCAACAUUUCGCCCGCUAUUUACCAAGACUUUAUCAAGUAGCAAAAUAUCUUCUAUAAUUUUAAUAAUAUCCCGAAUCCGUUUAUUUUAUUCAUUGUGGAUUAUCAUUACAUAUUGUGCAAUUUUUCAUACAAAUUAAACUUAAUAUUGCAACAUCUU